CCCGCAAAUGCCACCAAAACCUGAGGUGAGUUUAUGGUGAGGCGGCCCGAAUAUGAUGAUGGAAGAGAAAGCCGCUUAAAUAAUCGCCGUGUUUAACGCGUCUGGUUAAAUUCUUGCCAGUUUGCCAUCUGCGACAUGUGCCAGCCAGCUGGCCGCCAGAUGGUGAUAUGGUGCAGUUGAGCGACGGACAAGCUAGCAUUUUCAUUUCUCUUCCAUUCAUCAUCAACACGUUUACCAACGCAGACUACUAUUCAUGAUUCCAGCGUACAUGUACAAGGUACCGUUAGCUCUGGGUCGGGGCUUGAUCGACCCAUCGUCACUGGCGCCUUUCACCCUAAAACCCAGGCCAACUCGGCCAACAACGGCCUCUCGUCGCCGUUAAUCGCCAUAAUUAACCCCAAAUAUUCCGCCUACCCGAUCCCACGGCCACGUCCCAUCUGUAAAUAGUCGCCUGCAUCUUAUCUCACCUUCUAUAGCUUCCAUGCAGACGUGGGGUUCUGGCUCGGGUCAUCUGCGACCGAAUCAUGAACUCGCCUCGUCGGCACAGCCAAGGACGACCCCACCAAACCCGUAGUUGCACCGUCGGGUGUUCUGAUUUCAGCGUCGGGUCGAUCCGACAAAGGGAAGAAAACCACACCCAGUAGGUAUCCUACUUAUGCAAUCGUUCGCUCGUGAUAGCGUUCACAUCUUUUAAACCCCCUCAAACCCCCAUUCACUACCGGAGCCUACCAUCACACACACACAUCAACCCCCACCAUCAUGGCUUCCACGGUACGGGACUUCCCCACGAUCAAAGCAAUCCGAUCGUUCGUCAUUGGCGGCGUCGGUUCAGGCGGCGAUUACCACAACGUCAAAGGCGGCCACUGGCUCAUCGACUCCGACAUCUCCACACCAUGCUCAACCUGGGAACAGUACCGCAAGUCCAGAACCAGCUGGGGCAUCAAUGUUCUCGGCUCAUUCCUCGUCGAAAUUGAAGCCACUGAUGGAACCGUCGGCUUCGCCACAGGCUUCGGUGGCCCUCCCGCAUGCUGGCUCGUCCACCAGCACUUCGAGCGAUUCCUAAUCGGCGCCGAUCCCCGAAACACAAACCUCCUCUUUGAGCAAAUGUACCGCGCAUCCAUGUUCUACGGCCGCAAGGGCCUCCCUGUGGCCAUCAUCUCCGUCAUCGACCUUGCCCUCUGGGAUCUCCUCGGCAAGCUCCGAAACGAGCCAGUAUACCGCCUCAUCGGCGGCGCAACAAAAGAACGCAUCGACUUCUACUGCACCGGCCCUGAGCCCACUGCUGCGCGCGAGAUGGGCUUCUGGGGUGCUAAGGUCCCGCUGCCCUUCAGUCCGGCCGAGGGCCACGCUGGUCUUCGCAAGAACGUCGAGUUCCUGCGCAAGCACCGUGAAUCUGUAGGCCCCGACUUCCCCAUCAUGGUAGAUUGCUACAUGAGCCUCAAUGUCAGCUACACAAUUGAGCUCGUCAAGGCUUGCGCGGAGUUCAACAUCAACUGGUGGGAGGAGUGCCUAUCGCCCGAUGACACGGACGGCUUUGAGCAGAUCAAGCGCGCACAUCCUACUGUCAAGUUCACCACUGGCGAGCACGAGUACUCGAGGUACGGCUUCCGCAAGUUGAUUGAAGGCCGGAAUCUAGAUAUCGUUCAGCCGGAUGUGAUGUGGCUCGGUGGUAUGACGGAGCUGCUCAAGGUCAGCGCCAUGGCGGCCGCAUACGAUAUCCCCGUCGUCCCCCACGCCAGCGGACCCUACAGCUACCACUUUGUUAUUUCGCAGCCAAACACGCCUUUCCAAGAAUACCUUGCCAACUCGCCGGACGGGAAGAGCGUCUUGCCCGUCUUUGGCGACUUGUUCAUUGAUGAGCCUAUCCCAGUCAAGGGCUACUUGACGAGCAAGGACCUCGACAAGCCUGGCUUUGGAUUGACGAUUAACCCGGUUGCAAAAGCUAAGCUUAUUUCUUCAGAUUAUCUUUUGAGCCCGCCUCCUGCGGCGCCUCUCAAAACCGUUGAAGAGACCAAGGUUAAUGGACAAGUUAACGGAGUUUGAAUAUGAGUAAAACGAUCAUGAAGCAUACGACAUCACACAUAUUUAGGGUCUUGUAAAGUUGGAGCUGUCAAUAAUAAAUAGAAAUCAUAUUUCGCCAAUUUUUAUACAUAUUCAUAAUAUCCCCUCCACACGCUAUCGAAGCAAUCUUCAAUUUGUUGAUAUGUUUUGUCAUUCAUUACCCAUGAUUUCAUCCUGUCCGAAGAAAAAAGACGUAGAUGCACAAAAUAUUAUAAAUACAAAGGCACUGACGCGGUGCCAUUUUGUGCUGUAAAGAAAGAAAGAAGAAAAGAGAAAGAAAAGAAAAAGAAAAGAAAAAGAAAAGAAAGGGAUAUAGAAUGGAAUGCUAGACAGGUACUGUGUCUGCAUUUACUCUGGGCGCAGCGUCUCGUCGGCCUCGUCGUCGCCGCUGACUUGUGCCUCUUCAUCUUCGUCCAAGUCGCCUCGGGCAGCGCGGUGGGCCAGGUUUCGCUCCUUGUAGACGUUUUGCUUGUGUGUUUCGGCUUGGCCAAGACAGUCGACAUAGGUGCGGAACUUGACAAUCUCUCGUAGCAAGUACGAGCUCUUCUUCUCCCAGUUAGCCAUGGCCUUGGUGGCGUUUUGACCGCGGGGCGUAAAGGCUAGAAGCAUCGGGCUGCGAAGAACGUUGUGUGCUUGCAGAUCCUGCUCAAUAGACUUGACAUAGGUUGUCAGGGCUUGGAACUGGUCUGCCUCGGAGAGGUUACUUGCGCGGAGGCUCUGCGUCGGCGCUGUCCACGGCGAAAUGUUGACACGGUCACCGGGGAGCUUUCCGCGGCUAACAGAGUUGGUAAAGGCGCCAGCGACAUGGUCAAAGCUAGACGAGCGGAUACUGCCACUAGCAGCGCUCGACUUGCGGUGAUGGGCGGCGCUGCUUGAAGGUCGCGAGACCUUGGCGCCUGGGGGCGGUGCCUCGGCGCUCUCGUUGACUGCAUCCACCAAUGCAUUGUUCACAAUGGCCUCGCUCCAUCCGUAUUCAAUGUUGCUUAUACCACCAACCAGCGGAUGAGUGCUGAGACGCGCGCUCCAGUAGUUUGCUGUGUUGACAAACUCUUUGAUGAUCUCAGGUGUGCCGACCUGGAACAAGUGAACCGCACCAUUGGGCAGGCUCAGGGCCCAGACGUAAGGUCUUGUUCUGGAAUAACCAGGAGAAGGAAGGGCAGAGGCGAGGGUUAAGCGCAAGUUAAAGGUGCCGACAUUGACGGCGUUAUCUUGCCAAUUGCCUCCUCCAACUGCUACUGCUCCCGCCGUGCGAGGCCGGUUUUUGCUGCGGGCCUUAUUGGCAUUGAAUGAGAAGAGGCUCAUCUGUCCCUUUUGAACGACGGCAAACACUUCAGUCCAGCUGCGCUCCUUGGCACGCUUGCCAUGGCCAUCCAGAUGAUGUUUGUGGAUAAUCAUGCCCUCCUUCAUCCAUGGCGCUCCAGCAAGCUCAAGAGACUCGUCUUCUAGUAGAGACGCCGACGGGGGCUCGCUGCUCAUAAUCGACUGUGCAGUAUCGUCCAUGUUAGCAUCCUCAUCUCUGAACAUGGCCUGGCUGAGGGCAGUAGCAAAUCCAAUAGACUGCUGAUAGUACCCGCGGGGCAUGGCAGAAGCAAAGGAAUCCUGGGACAUGGAGCCCUGUGUGCGGCCCAGCGAGUAGCGGCUCCAGGUGGCAGACGACAUGGCAGGGCUCCAGAUGGAGUUAUCAUCAUCGAAGCUUGUCCUGCUCGAUGUCAUGCCAUUGCGGCUCAGCCCAGGUCUUGAGCGGCUCUUUGAAGUCCAUCGAGAGCCGGUGCUCUUGCCAUCAGAGAUACGGCCGCGGGACGAGAGGCCACCCUCAGAUGGAGCUCUGCUAAUGAUACUUGGGCUGCGGCGAAUCUUGCCAGUCAUGACGGAGAGGUUACUCUGCGACGGGCCAACACCAAGGUUCUCUGCACCACCGCCAAAAAGAGGAAGCCUAUCAUCGCGGAUCGAGGCAUAGAUAGUCUUCAGGACCGUCUCAAUUUGUUCCUCCCAUACCCUCACAGUCGAAGGGUAAGCAUUCUUGAUCAAAGGACCAAUUUCAGCCUCAUCUGUCCCUCCCUGGGUGCCGGUACGCGGUGGCGGGCGGAAUGAGUGUCUAAAGGACGCCUUUUCUUGUUCCGGAGCAGGGCUCGACGUCGAAUCAGCUCCUAGCAGACCAUUCUUCUCAGGUAGGACAGUUGGCCGUUGGAAGGCAUCGGGCGUGGACUCCGCAACUGCCUGUCGAAUGGUUCCGAGGGUAUUCUUGACAAACUGGCUUCGGGUCAUCUUUUGUUCGAUAUCGGCCAAAUGGAGAUCGGUAUUGAGAAGCAUAAUCGAGUAGCAUAUUGUGUGAAUGACAUCUAAAGCAAAUAGUUAGUAACCUAUGGCCCAUAGGCUGGGGAACAAAUACAUACCGUUCGACUUGAAGCCGUGCGUAGGGUUACAGUCACACCAUCUCUUGGAGAAUGCCACCAAGAUUCGGUCAACUUGCUGGGUCUCUGCCUUGAGAAUCAAGCGACCACAGAUGCUCCGUAGAGCAGUAAGGAUGCUCUGAUCCUUGAAAUCGUAAAGCUCCAUGUAGGCCUGCAACGUUCGUUUGCGGACAGGGCCUUCUUCACCCAUCCACGCAGCAGCCUUUUCCUUUGAAAUAAACUCUUCCAAUCCGUCGUAAAUGUUUUGUGCCUUCUGGCGUUCGUCUUCGGUUGGAUCGCCGACUACAAAAGCUGGCUCGUCUAGGCCCUUGGUCUGCAUGUAUUUCAGCGUGCCCAAAACCUUGCUAUCAGGUUCGUCAGUGGUGUCCACGCGCACGCUGGGAACUGCUUCAGUUGCUGCACGAGAGCCAGCAUCGGAAGAUGGCGAAGCUGGUGUCUUGGGAGCUCUACCACCAUCAUUAGAGCGCUUAGGAGAGGUAGCUGUCUUAUCAAGUGCUGCAUGAGACUUGCUUGAUGAUCCUGAUCUCUUGCGGCUUUGAGAAGCAUCUUUCGACGUAGCAUCUGGUACGAGGGUUUCUUCCAAGUCGCUACCACCGUCCAAGUUGAGAAACGAGUUGUCGGCAACUCCCAAAGCUGUCUGUUUCUGUGGCGCAUCAAAAAAGACUUCUCUAUCCGAUGAAUCGGCACCAGUAACAGCACGAAUCUUGGCCUUGGGGCUUGGUUCAUAAUCCGGUGAAAACUCUCUCUUGAACUCGCCUCGUCGAUCGUCAUCGUCGUCAUCGUCCUUGUCGAAUGGUGCACUUGUAAGGUUAGCGAGCGGCGCUGUAGCAGACUUGGGAAUGCCAAUAGCACGGCCACCCGAACCGCUAGCCUUGUGGAGAUAUGGGUUCAUGACUUGUCGCAGGCUGCUAGCAGGGCUGACAGGAGCGGAUAACUCUGCUCUGCUGGCUGGUCGCUUGUCAAGAAUCGGCACUGGCGGGAUGUCCUCUGGCAUCGGGGGGACAUCGUUUGCAUUGGACUUCUUCCUCCUUCGGAAGAAGGACGAUUUCUUAUGCAGGGCCGGGUGAUUCGAAUGUGAGGAUGUAGCAUCGCGAGACGGGGGCGCUGUUGACGAAUUGGAUGUCUGGUGUUGGAUCUGGUUGCUCGGCGGUCGAUCUGAGAUGGGGUGCUUGAGAACCGGUGGCUGAUCCGACACCAAGUUCAUUGUGGAAUUGCUCUUGGAGGAGCCAAAGACACGUCUAAAGAAGCCCUGCUUUUCCUUGGGCGCCUCAUCCUUUUUGUUGUAGCCGACAUUUGGCGCAGGGGCGGCGUCGAAGUCGUCAGCGCCAGGAAGAGGUGGCACAGCAGGCAUAUCGUCUGGUACGACUGGUCUGCUUCUGCCAGACGAACUUUUUACCGAGCGACUGGUGCUCGCUUUUCUAUGCAGCUUGGAAGGGGUGACAGGCCCGUCUGCGUUUGGCCGCGACGAAGUCUUACGACCUGCCGAGGGCGAGUCUCUGGCGCCUCGGCCAAUUGUUGGCACAGGGGCAGCAGCAGCAGCUUCGUCGUCAUCCGACGCAUCGAAGCCCUGACCAGAAGUCAUAUUGUUUCCGUAGGCCAGGCUAUGUGAGCGGGGCAAGCUGUCUGUACGGCUAGGCACUCUUGCGUCCUUGAGGUCGAAGCUGUCCUUUUCGGCCUUGCUUCCGUGGCGCGAGGUAUGUUUGGUCGAGGGCCGCCGGGGGCUAUGCCUUGGCGACGCGGAGGAAGAAGCAGCGGCAACGGAAGCCUGGCCGCGGGCGCUUGUGCUCCAAUGGCCACGGGAAGGAGGCGGCGUAGCCCUUUCGUCGUCUGCGGCGCCGAUGGUAUCGAGAUCGGAGUCGUAGGAGUACUGCUUCGAAUGCAGCGGGUGCUGGGAGACGGGCGAUUGGGUCGAGGCAGCGUCGUGCCACGACUCCUCGAGAAUAUGGGGGGAGUCGAGGUCGAGGUAAGUGAAGCCCGAGGCAGGCUUUGUGCGCGAAGGAUCAACGUCUAAUUGGCCCAGGGAAAGGAGCAUAUUAUCGACGAGGGAGUCCCGGGUGACGUCUCUGGGCAGCAGGGACAAAUCAUGCGAGUCCCGCUGGUGCUGCUCGUGUGGCGGCGUCGUUGAGCCGCGACCGCGUCUGUCCGCCAUUGUGGCGGGUGAUGAGAUUACUUCUUUUUUGGCCUGUUCCUUGCUUGCUUCCUUAUCGGCUUGGUGAUGUUGCAGGAAGAGGAAGGUGAAGAAGAGAACGAAAAAAGAAAGAAGCCGCGCAGGAAAAAUAAUACAACCCAAAAAAAAAAAAAAAAAAGAGAGCCGACCACACCAAAAAAAGAAACGAGCGAAGCGUGAUAGCGCUUCUGCGUCGCAGGACUAGC